UGUGAAACCGCGUGUUAAUGUAACCAGCGCGGGCGGAUACUUUGUGUCCCGUUUAUUGCGAUCCCGCCGCCGAGCUGGGCUGCGUGUCCCGCGGAGUUUCCUUAUUACGCGCCGAUCUUGUCUCCAUGGAAGAGAAAUCCUUGUGAUUAUUUGCGGCGGGACGGCGGCGAGGAGGAGGAGGAGGAAGGAGAUCGCCUUCUCCGCCUGGAUGUUUCUUCUUCGAGGGAUCCUGGGGAGAACUUUGGCCCGAGAUUGAGCGAGGCAGCGAGAAAGGCGGCCGAGGGGAGAGAAGAGGCCGCGCGGCAAGGCGAGCUGGGAUGCUGCCGCCGCCCCGUCCUUUCCUCUAGUGCGGAGGCUGCUUUGCGCCGUCCGAUGCGCGGCGGGCCUACGGAGGCAGCGCGGCGGCUUCUGCAAGCGGGGGGCCGUCCCUUCAUUUUUGUCCCGUUUGCGGCGCCCGGCUGCGGGGAGAGGGAAGCGAGGCUGAAGCGGGGCUGGUGGGGGCGGGGGGCGGUUUUCCCUUUGCCACUCUCCGGGCGCGGAGGAGAGCGGGUGGAUCCCCCGCUUCCUUAAGUCGGUUUGCUUUGCGCACACGAUCCAGCACCGCAACCCUCCCCCCCCUAUUUUCCUUCCCCGUGUCCCGUGCGUGACCCGGCCUCCAGUCUCCCUCCUGGCGCCGGGAGCCGCGUGGCCUUUUGUAGCGGGACUCCUCUCGGCUGUGGCGACCGAGCCCUUCCGUCGGACUGCGCCCUUGACUUCCUUGGAUUUUCGAGUUGGAAAGAGAUCGGAGGAGCCGCCGCCGCCGGCGGGGAGUUUGGGGUCUUACAAGUGCACCUCGCAAGUUUGAAGCCGUGCGAGAAGGAGGGAAAGAGGAGAUUUGUUUUUUGCUGGGGGGCGGGCGAGGAGGGAACCCCGUCGGAGGAGUAGCACGGGCGACUGCGACGAGAAGCGACCCCUUUGCCCGGCCAGGGCUUCCCUUCCCCGGUUGACAUUUCUCUCCCCCCCCCCCCCAAGCUCACAACAAAGGAAGCGGCUGGGCUAAGGCUGGAGCGCGGCGGCGGCGGGAGGAUGUUGGUGCAGUUGAGCCGCGAGGCCGAGUAGGGGCUCCCGGUCCCGCUCCUCUCCCGCCGGCUGCCUUUUGUGUGCUUUUCCCCUCGGGAUUUAAACUUCGACGGCCGAGUCGGCGAUUGAGCUGCGAAGGAGCAAAGCCGCGGCGGCAGCAGCAGCAGCCCGAGUCAUGUUUCCGCAAAGCCGGCAUCCCACGCCACACCAGGCUGCAGGACAGCCUUUUAAGUUCACCAUCCCAGAAUCUCUAGACCGAAUCAAAGAGGAGUUCCAGUUCCUUCAAGCUCAGUAUCACAGCCUUAAGUUGGAAUGUGAGAAGCUGGCAAGUGAAAAGACAGAAAUGCAAAGGCACUACGUGAUGUACUAUGAAAUGUCAUAUGGGUUAAAUAUUGAAAUGCACAAACAGACAGAAAUUGCCAAGAGAUUGAAUACAAUCUGUGCACAAGUCAUCCCAUUUUUGUCUCAAGAACAUCAACAACAAGUUGCUCAAGCAGUAGAACGUGCCAAACAAGUGACCAUGGCUGAGCUGAAUGCCAUCAUCGGGGUACGUGGCCUACCAGGUCUACCUCCUACACAACAGCAGUUGCAGGCUCAACACCUCUCACACGGCCAUGGACCCCCAGUGCCUCUAACCCCUCACCCAUCAGGACUUCAGCCUCCUGGAAUUCCUCCGCUCGGGAGCAGCGCUGGCCUCCUUGCCCUCUCCAGUGCUCUAGGUGGGCAGUCUCACUUGGCAAUAAAAGAUGACAAGAAGCACCAUGAUGCAGACCACCACAGAGACAGAGAUGCGGGCACAAGUAACUCACUCUUGGUUCCGGAUAGCCUGCGGAGCACAGAUAAACGGAGGAAUGGACCAGACUAUUCCAAUGACAUGAAAAAAAGAAAGGUGGAUGAUAAGGACUCGAGCCACUAUGACAGUGAUGGGGACAAAAGCGACGACAACUUAGUUGUGGAUGUGUCCAAUGAGGACCCUUCAUCUCCACGGGCAAGUCCUGCUCAUUCGCCACGUGAGAACGGCAUAGACAAGAACCGCCUCUUGAAGAAAGAUGCCUCUAGCAGCCCAGCAUCUACUGCCUCAUCCGGAAGUUCUACUUCUAUGAAAUCCAAAGAAAUCGGUUUGCAUGAAAAGGGCAGCACGCCGGUUCUGAAGUCCAGCACACCAACCCCACGAAGUGAUGUGCCAACCCCAGGAACCAGUGCCACUCCCGGCCUUCGUCCAGGGCUUGGCAAACCUCCAUCAAUGGACCCUCUGGUCAACCAAGCAGCUGCUGGCUUGAGGACACCUCUUGCUGUUCCCGGACCGUACCCUGCUCCAUUUGGAAUGGUACCACAUGCUGCCAUGAAUGGAGAGCUGACCAGCCCAGGAGCAGCCUAUGCCAGUCUACACAACAUGUCCCCGCAAAUGAGUGCUGCUGCAGCUGCAGCUGCUGUGGUUGCCUAUGGCCGAUCCCCUAUGGUUGGAUUUGAUCCUCCUCCUCAUAUGAGAGUACCCGGCAUGCCUCCAAAUCUGACUGGAAUCCCUGGAGGAAAACCAGCAUACUCAUUUCACGUUACUGCAGACGGUCAGAUGCAGCCAGUUCCUUUCCCCCCAGAUGCUCUCAUUGGACCAGGGAUACCGCGGCACGCUCGCCAGAUCAACACCUUGAAUCACGGGGAAGUGGUGUGUGCCGUCACCAUCAGCAACCCAACAAGGCACGUGUACACUGGUGGGAAGGGAUGUGUCAAAGUCUGGGAUAUCAGCCAGCCUGGCAACAAGAGUCCUGUUUCUCAGCUGGACUGUCUGAACAGAGAUAACUACAUUCGAUCAUGUAAAUUGCUCCCCGAUGGAUGCACCCUGAUUGUCGGCGGGGAAGCCAGCACGCUAUCCAUUUGGGACCUGGCAGCUCCAACUCCGCGUAUAAAAGCAGAGUUGACGUCCUCGGCUCCUGCCUGCUAUGCUCUGGCAAUCAGCCCUGAUUCCAAGGUCUGCUUCUCCUGCUGUAGCGAUGGGAACAUUGCAGUCUGGGAUCUGCACAAUCAAACUCUGGUCAGGCAAUUCCAGGGCCACACAGAUGGAGCCAGCUGUAUUGACAUUUCUAAUGAUGGUACCAAGCUCUGGACGGGAGGCCUGGACAACACUGUAAGAUCCUGGGACUUGAGAGAAGGGCGGCAGCUACAGCAGCAUGACUUCACAUCCCAGAUUUUUUCCCUUGGCUAUUGCCCCACUGGUGAAUGGCUGGCUGUGGGAAUGGAGAGCAGCAAUGUGGAAGUGCUGCAUGUAAAUAAGCCAGACAAAUAUCAGCUUCAUUUGCAUGAGAGCUGUGUGCUGUCACUCAAGUUUGCUUAUUGUGGCAAAUGGUUUGUAAGUACUGGAAAAGACAACCUCCUAAAUGCCUGGCGAACCCCCUAUGGUGCAAGCAUAUUCCAGUCCAAAGAGUCAUCUUCUGUACUUAGUUGUGAUAUCUCCGUGGAUGAUAAAUACAUAGUUACCGGCUCUGGAGACAAGAAAGCUACUGUCUAUGAAGUUAUCUACUGAGAAAUUGUGUUGGAGACAUGAUGAGUUGAACUGGGCCAAAACAUUCUUAAUGUGUAGACAUAGAAAGAUUUUACCUUUCUUAAUUAAAGAAAAAAGAAAAAAGAGGAAGAACUUGAUUCCCACAAUGUCACACAAAACUAUUCAACGUGUAUUAAACAGAAGGCAGCAUUUCAGUAUCCAGCUCCUGGAUCGAUGUGAAGCAAGAAGGCAAAAUGGAUUAAUGUAGCAUAGUUUUGAUGGAUUUUAAAAGCAGAGUCUGCUGAAGAUUGUUGAAGCCUUUGGAUUGGUUUUUUUUCUCUUUAUGACCUCAUAAAAAUCAUGCUCAUUGCUUGAAUAUGCGGGAUUAUGUUUCAGCACUUGCAAUUCCACCUGCAUUCUUGUCUUGUGUAGAGCAGUGAUAUUGGAUCAACUUGUUUCCUGGUUUUGCCUUUUGGGAUAUGGGUUUUUGUAUUAUUUGUUGAAGAUCAAACAUUUGUAUAAAUUGUAAAUAUAUUUGGUUUAAUACAGUAAAGGCUUUAGUAUCAAUAAA